CAUCUGAAAUGAGGGGGACCGCAAAACUCACCCAGGGGGUCCUUUGGAGCCAGGCUGCUUGAAGGUAUAUGAGCCCAGGAUACCUACCUUUGUUACUGGGUGCCAAGUACUAGAGUGCAGUGUGAAUUAGUUGGCCCUGGGGGAAGGUGCAAGAGCAGCCAGAGACCCUAGGGCUGGUUGGAUGAAGGUGGCCACCCAAGUUAAGAUGAUGUCUCAGGACCUUGCAUCAGACCUCUGCCAACCCAGAGGGGUCCCCCUUCUCCCACUCCCAGUGCACUGACAGCUCCUGGAUUGGGUACCCUGCUUUAAGGAUUUGGAUCCAGUGGAGGGGAGUUACAGCCAGAAGGGCCAUGCCCUAGUCCUACUUGUCACUGCCUCCAGAGGCAAGGGGAAACCACACAUCACCGGAAGAAUUAAACUUCUGAACCCCAAGCUCAAUCCCUGUUGAUGUGGAGGUGAGGCAGAGUCCCAGUGCAGGCCUGUGGUGGACAGCUAGGCUUGAAUUCAGGCAUUGCAGGUGUUUAUUUUCUGAGCUAUAUUGCUGUGCACCUGGCAGGAGGUUAGGGACGCCUGAUCACUGGGAACAAAAGGCUUAACCCAGCAGAACCUCAUCUCCCCAAGGGGCUAGUGAGUACUUCAGGAGGACCACCCAGUGAGGUCAGCAGAGUACCUGAAGCUUUUCCAUUUGACUUGAGUGAAACACUCCCAGUGCUGGGAUUUCUGUCUCCCAAAUGCCUGGAAUAUAGUAAGCAUGGAUGGAAGGGGAAGGAGGCAGUUCCCAGCCCUGGAAUGUGUGGGCUCUUUCGUCCAGCAAGGAGGUCCAUGGAACAGGAUAGAAUAGAGGGUGGCUGCAGAGUUGCUAAUCAAGACCUCCGGAGACCAAGCCGGAAGCAGGUCUGAUUUUAUUGCACAGUUACCAUGUAUAUGUAGUCAGGCAGUAGCUAAGCAGAUGACAGGCAGCCACCAAUGCAAUUUCUGCCAACUGUCCUUGCAGUGACCAAUCUAGGAGUGGGCCAUGGAGCAAGCACAGGGACUGCAACACAGGGCCUCACACCCAGGGCUGUGCCUAUGGGGUAAGUGGUUUGCUACUCAACACCCUUAACGUACGCCAUGUAUGCAGUACUCCAUAUACUUGUCCCCACACUGGAAAGAGAACUAGACAAGCAGGACAAGCAGAAAGGAGACUGGCAUUUGUGCUCAAGAAGAGACCUGGGGGCCGUGAGGCCUGCAGCAGAGAGGGGGAUAGGCCUGGUAAACAGGCAAGAAGGGCUGGGACUAUACACAAGACCAGGAGGAGAAAGCAAAUAGGAGGAACAGAGCUGAGGGCGGAGCAGCCACUGUCAGAUGUCAGUGGGCCGUCAUCUGGGGGAGGGGUGGACAGGCUGCCCUGAGGGCAGGAGGCCAAGGCCAGGAAACCCAGGGACAGAGGUGAGAGUGCAUUCCACAGCCACUUCUCCAAGGACAGAGCUGGUGCCAUGGGUAUCAGGCAGUGGCUGGCCUUUCUGCUGUUCUUGCUGCUACUGCUGUGGGGUCUGGAGCAGCCCAUAUGGCUACCUGCUGUGGUACUGACCCUGCGAUGGCUCCUGGGAGACCCUACAUGCUUCUUGCUGCUUGGCCUGGUGGUAUUGGCACAGCCCUGGAUCGGCUCCUGGAUGUCCCACUGGCUGAGCCUGGUGGCUGUGCUUCUGACACUGAUUCUAUCACCUGCACGGCCCCCCCCAGGGCUACGCUGGCUGCCUGCAGAUAUGGCCUACUUGGCCAAGAUCCUCUACCUAGGAUGGAACAUCAGGACACAGUUGAGGCGACAGCCUCCAGACACCUUUGUGGAUGCCUUCGAGCGACAAGCAAGAGCACAACCUGGUCGGGUGUCCUUGGUGUGGACAGGGCACAGGGCCUGCUCGGUCACCAUUGGUGAGCUAGAUGCCCAGGCCUGCCAGGCAGCAUGGGCCCUGAAGAAUGAGCUGGGCAACCCCCCAGGCCUGGGUGUCAGGAAGGCAGCUGCCCUCCUGGUACCGACUUCCCAGGCCAUUCCUGCUCUGACUGUAUGGCUGGGGCUGGCCAAACUGGGCUGCCCAGUGGCUUGGAUCAACCCACAUGUCCGGGGGACACCCCUGGUACACUCUGUGCUGAGCUCUGGGGCACAGCUGCUGUUAGUGGACACAGAUCUUAAGGAGAACCUGGAAGAAGUCCUUCCUGAGCUGCAGGCUGAGAACAUCCGCUGCUUCUACCUCAGUCAUGUCUCCCCUACGCCAGGUGUGGGGGCUCUGGGGGCUGCCCUGGAGGCUGCUCCUUCUGACCCCGUGCCUGCUGACCUGCGUGCUGAGGUCACAUGGCAAAGCCCUGCCCUGUUCAUCUACACCUCAGGGACCACCGGGCUCCCAAAGCCAGCCAUCCUCUCACAUGAGCGUGUACUACAGAUGACCAAGAUGCUGCCCUUUUGUGGGGCCACAGCUGAUGAUGUGGUCUACACUGUCCUGCCUUUGUACCAUGUGAUGGGGCUUGUUGUUGGGAUCCUCAGCUGCUUAGAGCUUGGAGCCACCUGUGUCCUGGCCCCCAAAUUUUCUGCCUCCCGCUUCUGGAAUGAUUGCCGGCAGCAUGGUGUGACGGUGAUCCUGUAUGUAGGCGAGAUCCUGCGGUACCUGUGUAAUGUUCCCCAGCGACCAGAGGACCAAACACAUACAGUCCGUCUUGCAAUGGGCAAUGGACUACGGGCAGAUGUGUGGGAAACCUUCCAGCAGCGUUUCGGUCCCAUUCGGAUUUGGGAAUUCUAUGGCUCCACGGAGGGCAACAUGGGCUUUGUGAACUAUCCGGGGCACUGUGGGGCUGUGGGCAAGACAAAUUGCCUCCUUCGAGUCCUGUCUCCCUUUGAGCUUGUGCAGUUUGACACAGAGGCAGCGGAACCUGUGAGGGACAAGCAGGGCUUCUGCAUCCCUGUGGAGCCAGGGGAGGCCGGUCUCUUGCUGACGCGGGUCCUAGGCCGCCACCCUUUUCUGGGCUACCGCGGGCCCCGAGAGCAGUCGAAGCGGAAGCUGGUGUCGGACGUGCGGCGCCGGGGCGACGUCUACUACAACACCGGGGACGUCCUGGCCCUGGACGGCGCCGGCUUCCUCUACUUCCGGGACCGCCUGGGAGACACCUUCCGAUGGAAGGGUGAGAACGUUUCCACCAGGGAAGUGGAGGGCGUGCUGUCGCAGGUGGACUUCCUGCAGGAGGUGAAUGUCUACGGCGUGUGUGUGCCAGGUGUGCUUCCCAGGGUGCGAGGGGAAGGUGGGCAUGGCUGCCGUGCAGCUGGCUCCGGGCCAGACUUUCGAUGGGCAGAAGCUGUAUCGGCAUGUCCGUGCUUGGCUCCCGGCGUACGCCGUCCCGCAUUUCAUCCGUAUCCAGGUGAGCCCGGGCGGCCGAGGGAUCGCGGCCCAGGCUCCACAGAGGAGUUUCACCGUUGUCGUCACCAUGUCCGCCCCGUAGGAGGUACUGGAGAUCACCAGCACGUUCAAAUUGGUGAAGCCCCGUUUGGUGCGUGAGGGCUUUGAUGUGAGUGUCAUCGGUGACCCCGUGUUCAUACUGGACAACCGCGUCCAGGCCUUCCGGCCCCUGACAGCGGACAUACACCAGGCGGUGUGCGAAGGAACCUGGAAGCUCUGACCACCUGGCCAGCACUGGAAGUACGAGGGGGCAGAGACCAAUACCAACCCACUGUCACUGUGGGCGAAAGAUGCGACUCCUGCAGUCCACGGGGAGAAAUAAAGAAUGUGCCCACGCUUC